CAACCACGUGUUAAGAGAAAUCUAACCUAAUUUGACCCAUUGUGCACACAUUACGCAUCUUCUUCAAGUUGAAUUAACGUUCUCUAAUUAAAAAAAAGGAAAGAAAAAAAUGGGUCGUAAGAAAAAGGGUCGAUGCGUUAAACGAAAUAAACAAAUAAACGUGGGGGAAAAGGAAGAGUUAGUACGAGCCCCUCAUUCUUUUGUGUUUCAUCGUGGCUUGCCAGGAGAACACAUUGUCGAGCUUACUAAAGAUUUUCGCAGAGUUAUGGAACCUUUUACAGCUUCAUCUUUGAAAAUUCGAAAAAAAAAUACCAUUAAAGAUUUCGUCUCCGUUGCGAGUGUUCUUCAUGUCAGUCACAUAUGUAUGUUUACAAAGACGGAGUUAGGAAUGUACCUCAAGUUAUGCAGAUUACCCAGAGGACCUACUCUUAGUUUUAAAAUACAUAGCUUUUCUCUGGCACGAGAUGUAAUAUCUAAAUUAAAGAAGCAAAUGGUAUAUGAGGAAGCCUUCAAAAAUGCUCCACUGGUGAUCUUAAAUAAUUUUAGCGGCGAAGGCAUGCAAUUGAAACUUAUAGCCUCCACAUUUCAAAACAUGUUUCCAACCAUAAAUUUAACCACUAUUAAUUUGAGUACGAUUCGUCGUUGUAUAUGCUUAAAUUAUAAUACGACAUCGAAAACGAUUGACUUUAGACAUUAUGCGAUCAAAGUUGUACCUACAGGAUUAUCAAGAGGUGUUAAAAAAUUAGUCCAAGCAAAAGUGCCAAAUUUAUCUAAAUGUCAAGAUAUUUCGGAAUUUUUAACGAAACCGACUGUAUCUGAAAGUGAAGCGGAAGAUGAUGAAACUAGCCAUGUUACAUUACCACAAAAAUUAUCUUCAAGAGGAAAUCAUGCAAAUUCUAAGAGCGCAAUUCGAUUGUACGAAUUAGGACCAAGAAUGACGUUACAGUUAAUCAAAGUGGAAAAUGGACUUCUCGAUGGUGAAGUACUAUUUCAUGAAUUUGUACAUAAAACGGAAGAAGAGAAACUUGCGAUAGAGAAAAAGAGGGAGGCAAAGAAGAAAUUGAAGGAAAAAAGAAAGAGAAAACAAGAAGAGAAUAAAAAGAAAAAGGAAAUACAAAAGCAAGAACACAAAGAGAAAUCGCUCAAGGGUAUUCAGAAGAAAAAAGAAAGUGACAUUCUGUUACAAAAAAUUGCAAAGGAAUCUGCUGAAAAUAAAUUGGAAGAAGACGAUGAUGUACAGUAUUAUCGUGAAGAAGUAGGAGAAGAACCUGAUAAAGAUCUAUUUCAAACAAAAAUUGGUACCAAGAGACCACAUAAGCACAUAAUGAGAUAUAAAUCGAAGAAAGCAAAAUUUGACAAGUCCUAGGAUAAAAUUAAAUAUUUUUAAAUUGUAAUACUAACUAAUAAUACUAUAUUAA